CACUAACACGACGGAACGAACAAGUUCUAAUGGAAUUCAAUAAUAAUUUAUAAAAAUAGCAUUUUUGAAAUAAUAUUUACAGACAAUCGAGUAUUCUUGACAAUAACAGAAUAUGAGGUUGUGGAGGCUACUAGCCUUUCUAUUAGUACUGAUAACAUGGAUCCAUGCAAGAACGUUAAAACUGAAACACAGUCAUCAUAAAGAGAAAAGAUUUAUUUCUGACCACCAUAGAGCAGUUUCGCCAUCUAAAAGAGCCUGGGUAUGUCAUCCCGGCUGUAGAAGUUACUGUCUGCCGUCAUGCAAAUCCAGUUGUUGUAAGCCCGGUGCACCUGACUAUCAUCCAGACAUGAUUCCAGAAAUCGAAUCAUUACAGCAACAUAUUGCUGAACAAGCAAAAAAACAGAUGAUUGCAGAAUACACUGGUGGUCAACAGAGCGACCCUUAUGCUUGUGGGCAAUUCUGCUCUCCAUCGUGCGCUCCAACUUGUGGAUCAGCGUGUUGCAGUGGUAACGCACCACCGCCUCCACCUCCUCCGAUGCCAAUGCCGCCACCACCGCCACCGCCACCUAUGGCACCGCCAUAUAUGAAUGCAAUGCAACAAAUGCCAUGUGGAGAUUCUUGUUCCGCAGAGUGCGCACCAACAUGCUCAGAAGACUGCUGUCAAAAUAUUGAUAAUGGCGAACCCAUGACACCUCCUGAAGAUGCACCUCCACCACCACCGCCACCACCGCCUCCACCACCACCGCCACCACCAAGACCAAAACCAAGGCCACGACCUAGACCAUCUCCUAGUAGAAAAUUAAAAUCUGGUUCUGCUGGAAGAUGUGAUCCAUCCUGUGAAAAGCUAUGCUUGCCUUCCUGUGAUUUUAUGUGUUGUAUACCCGCUUAUCUUAGAAAAACAAAUUUUGCACAUUUAUCGCAAGGAUACGCACCUUUACCACCACCACCACCACCACCGCCACCGAUGGCACCACAAUCAUAUCCAAAUACAGGUACGGGAGGAUGUACUAACGGUUGUGCAGAUCAAUGUUAUCCAUCCUGUAGUAACGAAUGCUGCGCGGCUAGUCAAUCUAUGUCACUUCCAUCACCUCCCAUGCCUCCUCCACCACCUCCCAUGCCACCUCCACCACCACCCAUGCUACCACCACCACCUCCAAUGGCUCCUCCAACAAGUUGUCCGUUAGGAUGUUCUAGUGCGUGCGCGCCAUCUUGCACCCCACAAUGCUGCUUUCCAGGUGUAAUGCAAGCUCCUCCAGCUCCGCAACUCCCACAUCAAAUUCACCUUUUUACUACUUUUCAUCUCCCACCUCCACCUCCACCACCACCACCUCCAAUGCUUCCUUGUGCCAUGUUUCCAGGAUGUUCACCAGCUUGUGCACCAAGUUGCUCUCCACAAUGCUGUGGUGGUCUUCCUCCAAUGCAUAUGCUUCCACCACCACCACCACCUCCCCCUCCACCACCACCAAUGCUUCAUUGUCCCUCACCAUGUUCACCUGCUUGCGCUCCAAGUUGCACACCUGCAUGUUGUAGUGGUCAUGGCCAACAGCCUCCACUGCCGCCACCUCGGCCUCUUCCAAUGCUUCCACCAAUGCUUCCACCACCAUCUCUACCAAUGCUGCCACCACCCCCUCCACAAUGCAAUCCAGCUUGCGCUCAAGCGUGUACUCCUAGUUGUAGUCCUAGCUGCUGCGGUGCGCCCAUGGCUCCACCACAAAUACCUAUGAUGAAAAUGAUUAACAUGCCACCAAUCCGCAUUACUCUUCCUGCUCCUCCACCUCCACUUCCACCCAUGUUGCCACCUGGAAGUUGUCCAGCACCAUGUUCUCCAGGAUGUGCACCAGCUUGCAAUCCUGGAUGUUGCAGUGCACAAAUGCCACCUGCACCACCACCGCCGCCACAAUGCGCUGCACCAUGUCCUUCAUCAUGUGCACCCAGUUGCGAAGCGAAUUGUUGCACUCCACCAGCUCUGCCACCACCGCCACCACCUCCAACAUCUCAGUGUUCUGCAGGUUGUUCAGAUUACUGUGCACCAAGUUGUUCACAGGAAUGUUGUGAUUCAACAGCUGAAAUUGAUGCCAUGGAAAAAGAAAUGGAUCGAACUGAAGCAAAAUGUCCUCUUGGGGGAUGUAUUCAACAAAAGAAAGAAAAAGCAGAAAGUACAUGGGACAAGAGAAAAGAAAUUAGACCUGUUUCUGAUGAUAAAAGAAGUUUAAUCGCUAAACCUGUGAACAAAACAAAAGCUGGAAAUGAAACUUAGACUAAAUACGCACGAUAUAUAAAACAUGAUAUUUCACGUGCACAUACGCAGACAUUUUGAGGUGGAAUUUGGGUGAUAAAUGAUCUACUCGGUGAGUAGGGUAACCCAAGAGUAUUACGUCAUUCAAAACGAUAAAAUGGUAUCAAUACUAUGGUAAUCUGGACAUUUCAUUUCUUUGAAAUUCUGUAUAUAAAUAUUGUUUAAAAAAAGCCUUCGAAAGUCGUAA